AUGUAAAAUAAAACAUCACUAAUUUUUGAUUAAGCAGCUAGACAUGCAAAAAUUAAAAAAGAGAAUGAAGAAUAACUUUAAUCAACAUUAAAAUUAUAUUAACAAUAUGGAAAAAUUGAUGAUGGUAAUCUGAUAACAACAAUUCUCGAUUCUCUAUAAACAAUUGAAUUCUUUAAAUAAAAUUGUCCAGAAGGAAUGAAAUUAGCUGAUUUUGUUUCUAAUGCUAUUAAAUAUUUUAAAUUUGAAUAGUAUGAUUAUGGAUCACCAAUAUUUCAUUAUGGAGAAUAUGGUGAUAAAAUGUUUAUCAUUUUGAAAGGAGAAGUAUAUGUUUUUGGACCAAAACCAUAAGAUGAAAUUAACAAAGAAAUAGAACAACUUAAGUUAUAAGAUGAAGGUGAAUUAAUUAUUAAAGGAUAAAAAAGGUAGUUAAUUACUAAUGUAGAUAACUUACUCAAAAUUUAAGAUUCCAGAUAUUAUAAAGAUGGAAUCUUUUUAUAUUAAAAAGUAAAAUUACUCUUUAAAUUAGAUUUUUCAAUAUUAUUCUGGAUAAUGUUUUGGAGAUGUAGCAUUAACAUCAGACAAACCUAGAUCUGCUACUAUUAUUGUAUCAUCAGAAAAAGUUUAUUGUAUAUCUAUGCGAAGAAAUGAUUUUAAAAUCAUCUUCUAAAAGUCAAUUCAAUAAGCUAGAAAUACUAUUGAGUUUUUUAUGAAAAUAUUUCCAGGGGCACUUCAAUUCAAUCUCUCUAAAUUUAUAUAAUAUUUAAGACCUGUUGUAUUCCAAAGUAAAACAAUCUUAUGGUAAAUUGGGGAUGAACCAUAGUUCUUCUUAAUUAUUGUUACUGGAAGAGUAGAACUCUAUAAAUAUAUGGAUAUUGAUACAUUGACAGGUAAAUCGAAAAUUAAUGAUGAAAUCAAAUAAGGAUUAUUUAUAGGCAAAUAAUAAUAUAAAGCUAAAAUAGUUGUAUAAUUAAUCUUUCUAUAUUAAGCUUAGUUAAUUAGCAGAAGGUAAUAUAGUUGGUCAGGAAGAGCUUUUGGAUGAUUUUCAAAAAAGAUAAUAUUAUUGUGAAGUUGUUGAUAUCACAAAUGCCUAUUAUAUGGAAGCAAGUGAUUUUAGAGCAAUAUAAGGAAAUCAUUAAGAUAUUAUAGAUUGUUUAAGAGAAAGAGCAAUAAUUAAUAAAGAUUAUAUAAAUAAAAGAAAACAAUUAAUAAUUCAAAAUUUUAAGAAUUAUGAUUCAUAUUUGAAUUCUUUAAAUUAAAACUAAAUAAAUAAAGAAUAAAAAUUAAAAGAGAUUUUCUAAAUGCCUAAUAAAGAUAAUAAAUCUAAUUCUAUAUGUGUAAGAUCUCAAAAAUAAAUUAAAGGAUCUUAAAAUGAGAUUCUCUAAUAACAUAUAUAAUUUGAUUAAAAAAGAAAAUUAGUUGAACCUUAAGAAAAAACAGAAUUAAGAUUUAUCAUAAAUAAUAAUAAUUUAUCAUACAUUAAAGAAAGAAUAUAAAGAUAAUAAUAACCAGAAAAAAAUAGUUAAUCACCUUAAAAACAUAUUAAAAAUAAAGUUUUGAUUUCGUAAAUAUUAAAAAAAUAUUAAAAUAAAAAAGUACUUCAUGAAAAAAAAGAUAAAAAAAGAAAAUCUAUAUUUGUAACUUCAUCAUAAUCAUCAAUUGGAUAGAAUAUGGAAACUGAAAAUUCAGUUGAUUUAUUAAGAUAAAGAUAAAGAACUUCAAUAUUAAGACCAAGUUAUGUUAAAUUAAGAGGUAGAAAAUUAUCUGGAGAAAAAAGCAAUAAUAAUAAUAAUACAACAAUUAUAAAUUUAACAGAAAUAGAAACAAGAACACAUUAAUAAACAAUGCAUUAGAUAACUAAUAUGA